GAUGACGCUCAUUGACAACCAAAAUGGCGAUUUUCAUUGCGGAGCCAGAGAACUGAAUUGUAUUUUAUCAAAUUAUAUAAACUAUCCACCUUUCUGGGCUUUCGGAGUGAAUUAGUUGAAUAGCAGAUACGCCACACUGUCUUUCCGUGUAGUAAAAUCAGUGCCAAAGUGAGUGGGUGGAGAGUGAGAGGGGUGUUUGUCUGAAAGUGUGUGUGUGUGCAAGAGACAAUCUUCAAUGGCUCAAAGAAAUAGCGAUAAUUCUCGUUUAUUUGCUUGCGAUAAUCACUUCACCCUUCGUGAUAGUUGUUGAUCUUCCCACUGUGAGAGACACUCGGCCAGAAUGGCCCGCGAGAGGCGCGAGGGCAAAAUGCAGAGCCUGCAGCUCUGCUCUUCCAUCGCAAUAAUUCUGGGAUUCAUCUGUUGCAUAUCGGGCUCCGUGGUGGUGAGCAAGCAGCUGGAGUGCGAGCUCUAUGAUAUACACAUUUGCCGGGAGCAUGGAGAUUGCGAGACAACAAAGAAAGUCUGCGAGGAGGUGGACGCAGACAAGCAGAACCACUGCUAUGUUGUCUGGCAGCAGGUACUGAACGAGACCACCGGCAAACUCAACGUCACUGUGCAGAUGAAGGGCUGCUUCACCCAAAAUGCCGCCUGCAACCAGACAGAGUGCAUCGACUACUCGUACGAGCCCAAGAACAACAUGAACUUCUGCUGCUGUCAGGGAGACUUCUGCAAUCACGAGCAGAAGUGGCUUCCGCAGGCCACGAAGCCCACCGAUCACGAAGACUCAGAUCCUCAGCAUCAGGAAGAGACGGACAAUGUCUACAUCAUUUGCACUCUCCUGGUGGCAUUUCUGGUCAUCACAGGACUGGCGAGUCUGGGCUAUUACUAUCUCAGGAAGCGCACUAAGCAGGCGCACUUCAAUGAAGUGCCCACAAUUGAGCCUGAAGUGACCAGCUCAUCGCCAUGCCUCGCCCUGCGUCCCAUCCAACUGAUCGAGAUAAAGGCUCGUGGGCGUUUCGGGGCCGUAUGGCGAGCACAGAUGAAGCCCGACGAGGUGGCAGUGAAGAUAUUCCCGCAGCAAGACAAGCAAUCCUGGCAAACAGAGCAGGAGAUCUUCAAGCUUCCUCGGAUGCGACAUCCCAACAUUCUGGAAUUUAUUGGCGUUGAGAAGCACAUCGAGAACUCUCUAUCGUCUUUCUGGCUCAUCACAGUCUAUCACAAUCGCGGUUCGCUGUGCGACUAUUUGAAGGCGUACACAGUGACAUGGGCGGAAUUGUGCAAGAUUGCCGAGAGCAUGGCUCGCGGAUUGAUGCAUUUACACGAAGAGAUUCCCGCCACGAAGGGCGAACAGCUGAAGCCGGCCAUUGCUCAUCGGGACUUCAAGAGCAAGAAUGUCUUGCUGAAGCAGGACUUGACGGCUUGCAUUGCAGACUUUGGCCUGGCACUCAUCUUCCAACCAGGAAAACCAUGUGGUGAUACACACGGUCAAGUGGGGACGCGACGAUACAUGGCCCCUGAAGUGCUGGAGGGAGCGAUCAACUUCACGCGCGACGCCUUCCUCCGCAUCGAUGUGUAUGCUUGCGGGCUGGUGCUGUGGGAGCUGGUGUCCAGAUGCUCAGCACACGGUGGGCCAGUGCCAGAAUACACGCUGCCCUUUGAGACUGAGCUUGGAUCGCAUCCGACGCUGGAUGAAAUGCAAGACAAUGUUGUCAUGAAGAAGCUGAGACCACGGAUUUCCAAUCAGUGGAGAACUCAUCCCGGACUGAGUGCAAUGAGCGAUACGAUGGAGGAGUGCUGGGAUCACGAUGCCGAGGCAAGAUUGUCGUCUUCGUGCGUGAUGGAGCGCGUGUCUCAGCAUACGAGAUACCAAACGACUCAAUUGCUCAUCGAGAGCAACACCGAUCCAGCGGACAAUGUAUGAAAAGACUAGAGAGGGACUAAAUCUUGCCGCAGAGACUCCUUCGGCGCCCGAGAAGCCCGGAAUGGUGUGAUGUGAGUGGAUGGAGGGAUGGCAAAUACUCACAUUUUCUUCAUCCUCCGUCUGUGCAAGUGAUGAGGGAGAUUGUUGAAUUUAGAAGAGAGCACAUGAGAGAUGAGGAGAUGAUAAGAGCUAGAUAGAGACGAGAAAGUAAUUACGGAUAAUAAUAUUUUAACCCCACAAAGUGAAUGUUGGUAGAUUGUAAGACUCUACUUAAGCAGAAAAGUUGCAGGAGUUUUUUUUUUAAUACACGUAAGAUUUCGCGUAUGUUUUUUUCCGUCAUGAAAUUGACCCCGAAAUCAACUCUCAGAAAUGCGAUGUGGGAGUUUAGUAGAGAUGACGAAAAUGAAUGGAGAGUAAUUAAAAUGAUUAACGAAUUAACAAGGAUAUAAAAUAUAUACAUAAUACUUUAAUUUAAGAAAUAUUUUAAGAGUUUUGAGGUUUAUCAUUGUAUCUCUACAAUACAACCAAUGCAGAACAUAUUUUUGGAAAACAUGUUAAGAUAUUGACUCUAUUUUUAUUUCUCCGAGAUUUUUGUCAUGUGCCAAAAGAGAGAAAGAGAGAGAGAGUGUGUGUGUGGAAAAAGCAACAAUAUACCCAAGAGACAAAAAGAAAGAAUUAUAAAAAAAAACUAUACCUAAUGUGUAUUGUAAAUAGAAAUUAAAGAAAUUAUGCAGAGAAGAAGAGAUAAAUGUGGUUAAACACUGAUCUUUAUAUUUUAUUUAGAAAGACAAAAUGAAAAUAUAAAUUCACUGCCACGCAAUAGAACUAAAAGAAAAAAGAAAUAAUAGAAAAUCCAGAUUCACAAAAUCUUACUAACAAUGUACAAUUCCAUGGUUUUGAUGGAUAUUAACAGACUGUAGAGUCUCCCGCCAAUAGACGAAUUGUGUGAAAAAUAGUAGAUGUUUCCCCCGAAAUCCCGAGAUUGUCAGUCCCUCCCCUCAAAUCUAACGUUGAACUUAAGUGUAGUUUGAGCUGAGCGAAGGGAGAUCCGAAUGGUGCUAGAUGGAAAUUAUACAUUUUACGUAGUUUUAUCCACAUUCAAUUCAUUCUUCUUCCAAGUAACAUAUCAAGAGUUUCGUCUCGAGUUUAGUUAAGUUUUCCGUACUUUAUUCGACAUUAUCAUUUUUUCCACAUUAGGAAAAGCGAAAGCACAUGAAUUGUAAUUCAUAACUUACCUUAGAAAUGGUUAGGACUUUCCUUAAUUCACUUGAUUCAGGAUCAUUUCAGACACACAUCAAAUCCUUAUCAAUCCUCAAUGUGUACGUUUUCUCCUUUAUUUGAAAAUGUUUUAUGUAAAUACAAUAUUUGUAGGAAAAUAAACCAUAUAUAUAUACAA